AUGGGAAACAACGAGGUGCAAAAGAUGGUCGCCAAUUCCAGCUCGCGUGAAGCCGGCCCAGAUACUAAAAUAGUCCCCGUCCAGGAAAAGGUCGUCCACGGCAAUGAGGCCUUUCAGGAAGCGCUCCUCAAAGAGCCGCCGCGCACGUGGGCGCCGGGCAUGGUCCUGGUCUACCUCUUCUCCGUCGUCGGCUUCCUCUGCUCCACCAUGAAUGGUUAUGACGCGUCGCUCAUCAACAACCUGCUGCAGAAUCACGACUUCCAGGCGACGUACCGCGUCGGCCACGAUGGCCUCGGCGCGGGCAUCGUUGCCGCCAUGUAUCAGAUUGGUGGCGUCGCGGUGCUGCCCCUCGUCGGGCCCGUCAUCGACCGCUUUGGCCGGCGCGCCGGCAUGGCCGUCGGAGCGGCCCUUGUCAUCGUUGGUACCAUCUUGCAGGGCACCGCGGCACAUAGCGGUGGUGGAGGGCAGUUCAUGGGCGGACGCUUCCUGCUCGGCUUCGGCGUCGGGCUAGCAGCGUCCGCCGGCCCCGUCUACGUCGUCGAGAUCAACCACCCGGCGUACCGGGGCGUCGUCGGCGCCAUCUACAACUGCCUCUGGCUUGCCGGCGCGAUCCUCGCCGCUGGCGCCGCCCGCGGCGGCCUCAGCGUCUCGGCGGCCUUUUCCUGGCGCCUCGCCACCUGGUUGCAAUGCCUCUUCAGCGGGCUCGUCCUGCUCCUGUGCCCGUGGCUGCCCGAGUCGCCGCGCUGGCUGUGGGUCCACGGGCGGCCCGAGCGCGCCCGCGCCUUCCUUGUCCGCCAUCACGGCGCCGGCGACGCGGACUCGGUCUGGCCGGCCCUGCAGAUGCGCGAGUACGAGGCCGCGCUGGACCUCGACGGCGCCGACAAGCGGUGGUAUGACUACUCGGCGCUCUUCCGCAACCGCGCCGCCGCGUACCGGCUGGUGUGCAGCGUCUCCGUCGCCGCGCUCGCGCAGUGGCUCGGCAACGCCGUCCUCAGCUACUUCCUCGGCUCCGUCCUGUACAACGCCGGCUACGCGGACCCCGUGCAGCAGAGCAACAUUACGCUCGCCAACAACGUCAUCCAGUUCGCGUGCGCGUGCGCCGGCGCCGUGCUCGUCGACCGCGUCGGGCGCCGCCCGCUGCUGCUCUUCUCGUUUGCCGGCUGCACCGUCGUCUGGCUCGGCAUGACUGUCGCCUCGUCGCGGUUCGCCGCGUCGUAUGCCGGCACCGCGGGGCCCGACGGCGCGCCCGUGUACACCGACGGCGAUGCGUCCCGCGCGGCGCUCGCCAUGAUUUUCCUCUUCGGCGCCGUCUUCUCCGUCGGCGUCACGCCCCUCCAGGGCCUCUACAUCGUCGAGGUGCUGUCGUUUGAGCAGCGCGCCAAGGGCAUGGCAUUUGGCAACCUCGCGGUCAACGCGGCCGGCCUCCUCAACCAGUUUGCCUGGCCGGUGAGCAUGGCCAGGAUCGGCUGGCGCACGUACAUCAUCUUUACCAUCUGGGACGCCGUCAUGACCGUUUACGUGUAUUUCGUCCUCCCCGAGACUAAGGGAAGAACGCUCGAAGAAUUGGAUGAAAUCUUUGCCGCUGAAAAUCCGGUAAAGGCAUCCCUCGCAAAGAAGAAGCUAGCAGUGAACCAGCAAGGCGACGUUGUAAAUGUUGCCGAAGUGUGA